CACCACCGCCGCUGGCCUGGGCACCAUGACACCCUGCGGGGAGCCGCACCUGCUGCAGCCAGUCCCAAGCACCAUCACCACCCAGAGCGGCACUGCCAACAUCCAGCAGCUGGCCGCCGAGCCCAAGCCCUCCACCACAGGCAUGGGCCUCCCAGAGCUGGCACAUGCCAGUGCAGACAAGAAGAUUCUCGCCACCAAAGUGCUGGGCAGAGUGAAAUGGUUCAACGUCAAGGAGCGCUACGGAUUUAUCACCACAACAGAUACCCAGGAGGACAUCUUUGUCCACCAAUCAGCCAUCCAAAAGAACAACCCCUGGAAGUACCUGCCCAGCGUGGGAGAUGGUGAGCUAGUUGAGUUCGACGUGGUGGAGGGCAAGAAGGGCGUGGAAGCGGCCAAUGUCACCGGCCCCGGGGGAGUUGCUGUCCAGGGCAGCAAGUAUGUGCCUGAGCGUACCCGCUCCCGGCGCUCCCCAAGGCGGAGGGCUCCUAGGCCCCACUACGCACAUGGCUGCCUCCCCACUGACAGCGAUAGCUCAGAAGGAACAGCAGAUGGCCAGGCCUGUCCUGGCUGGCGCCGAGUCAGGCGGCGAAGGCUCCCACGCUGCUACCAGCCUGCAGCAAAGGACUCCAUCCCUCCUGUGCAGGGAGACAUGCAGGGUGCCCAGGGUGUGGCUGAAGGCGAUCAUGGCCAGCCCAUGAGAGAGACAGUUUGUCAGGGUCGCAGACCAUCAUGCCUUCACAGACGGCGUCCCCACAGCCAGUCCGAACAGGAGAGUGAAGAGGCUGAUUCUGAAGAUUAA